AUGUAUCAAUUUCCGACAGUUGUAGUUGGAAAAGCAAUUAUAGAUGGUAAAAAUAAUAAUUCAUUAUUACCAUUAUUUAAUGACAAUGAUCAGUUAUCUAUUGCAUUUGUUGAUUCAAAAAAUUCCGAUAAUGAUGAUCUUAUCAAAGACAUAAAAAUACUUUUAAAUGAUGAUAAUUUAAAAAUAUUUUCGGAUCCAUGUUUAUAUAUUCAUUAUAUUGUGAACAAUGAUGGACAAAAACUAAUUUUACUAAUUUUAUCUAGUGAUGUAGAAAAAAAAUUUAUUUCAAUUAUUCAUGAAAGAUGGGAAAUCAUUUCAAUUUAUAUAUAUUGUAAAGAUGAACCACGAAAACAAAAAUGGCUAGCAAAAAAUUAUUCAAAAACGACCAAUAAAAUUUUUACGGAUAAAAUACUAUUAAUGAAACAUUUAGAGGAUUAUAUAUCAAAUUAUGCAAAUGACAAUGAAAAAAGACCAUUGCCAUCUCUAAGUUGUUUCAGGCGUCAAGAAAGUGACUUUUCUGAACAUAUUUUGUUACAAACAUUUGCCUCCAUUUUGUACUUCGGGUAG